AGCAAGGGAAACAUGACGCUGUCUAGAAUCUCUUGGAGCACUGUGUAAUUUGUCAGCUGGUUCUCCGGGCAUUGUCAUGUUCUGGUGAAUUACUUGCUUGAUGCUGAAAUAGAAGUGCCUUGAUAUUAAUCAGGUAUGAAGGAUGUUGUCUGUACAUAAACCAAGGCAAUCGUCCUUGAAUCAACACUUGAAACUUGACAUCAGCAUCAGAACAUCAACACAUUAUCUACCAUCUCUUCAAAGACACAAAUAUCAGAUCAAGACCAAAAUCUUUAUUGAUCAUGAGAGAAGCAAUCUUUGACGGCAAUCUCGAGGUUCAGAUCCACGAUAUUCCGAUACCAACCCCAGGGCCCGGACAGAUCUUGAUCAAAACCGUCGUCUCUGGGACCAAUCCCAAAGACUGGAAAGUCCCAAAGAUUUGGGCUUCGAACCUUCCACCUCUCAACCAUGGAGAUGACAUUGCAGGAUUUGUUCAAGGUGUUGGUGAAGGUGUCCUCGGCUUCAAGGAGGGAGACCGGGUUGCGGCCUUCCACGAAAUGAACACCCCACAUGGAAGUUACGCUGAAUACUCCAUCGCUUGGGCUCAGUCGACCUUUCUGAUUCCCGAAAGGACCAGUUUUGAGGAGGCGGCCACAAUCCCACUUACUGCUAUGACCGCUGCUCUUGCUUUGUACCAAAAGCUCGAUCUGCCGCUUCCUUGGAAUCCAGCCAAGAUAAGUUUGCCUCUUCUCGUCAACGGUGGUGCUACAGCUGUUGGUGCCUUUGCCAUCAAGCUCGCGACCCUCUCCAACAUUCAUCCCAUCAUCGCCGUCGCCGGAAGUGGUAGCCCUUACGUGGAAACCUUGGUCAACAAGGAGAAGGGAGAUGUCGUCAUUGACUAUCGAAAGGGAGAACACCACGUUCUCGAGCAAAUAUGUCUUGCAGCCGGGGGGCAGCCCAUCAUCAAUGCUCUAGAUGGCGUGUCCGAAGAGCAGACUGUCCGGAUCGUUGCAAAGGCCCUUGCCCCAGGCGGCAAGAUCUCAGUCUUUCUACAGACCUCCCCCAGCGAUAUCAAGGCCGAGAUCUUGUACACCAUGGUGGGCACUGUUCAUGCCUCGAAUGAGACUCCAGGUUCUCCCUUAGGCGACAAGGAGUUCGGGUCCGUGUUCUAUCGCUUCUUCGGGCUGGGAUUGAAAGAAGGCUGGUUCAAUGGUCAUCCUUAUGAGGUUCUCCCCGAAGGCCUUGCCUCUUUGGAGAAAGCACUGAAAGACCUAGAAGCCGGCAAAGUCUCUGCUAGGAAGUACCUUCUUCGCAUCGAGGACACUAAGUGAAUCCACGUUGAAGUGAUUAUAGCCCAUGUCAGGGCAGUGGGUGACCACGGCAAAACAAGGUCGAGAAGGUGAUUGAGCAGGGUUGUUAAUUAUGUAGACUUGGUGAUCUAAAAUGCAAACACCGUCUUUCUGUCA